ACCUGGCUGGCGUGAGUGACAGAGCUCGCCUCUAGAGGAAACGGAGCGACUCCAAACUGCAAGGCUCGCGGCUGUCACUGUAAAGCAACUUUUAAGCAUGCAAUAGGUGUGAGUGUUACUUUCAUUUUACCCGCCCCCCUCCAAAUCCAUUUUCCCCAUCCGUUUGGAGAAAUUCGGUUGCUUAAACAAUACACAGGCUUUUUUGAACAAUGAGUUCGUACAACGUUUCACUCACUGGACCUUCGCCUUGGGGCUUCCGGUUGCAAGGAGGCAAGGACUUCAACAUGCCCCUCACCGUUUCCAGGAUUACACCAGGGAGCAAGGCAGCCUCCAGCAACCUGAUCCAGGGUGACAUCAUUGUGGCCAUUGAUGGGGUCAGCACAGAGGGGAUGACACACCUGGAGGCCCAAAACAAGAUCAAGUCUGCCAACUUCAAUCUGGCCCUUACCAUGCAAAGGUCAAAGCGGCCCACUCCAUUUCCCAUGACAACACCAAGGAUUGACUCCCCUAUGCCUGUGAUCCCUCAUCAGAAGGUUAUUACCAACACUCCUGCCAACACUGAGUACCUGCCCAGCUUCAACCCAAUAGCUCUGAAGGACACUGCACUCUCCACCAACAAGCCCAUUGAGGUGAAGGGGCCUGGAGGCAAGGCCACCAUCAUCCAUGCGCAGUACAACACCCCCAUCAGCAUGUACUCCCAGGAUGCUAUUAUGGAUGCCAUUGCUGGCCAGUCCCAGGCCAGGGGUAGCGAGCUGUCUGGCAAUGAAACUGACUCUCCUCUAUCUAAUCUGCCAGUUAAAGACCAUGUUAUAGACAGUGCUUCCCCAGUGUAUCAGGCCGUCAUCCCCAGUGAAACCAAUGAUCUGGAGCCGGCUGAUUGGGCCAAAAGAGCCGCCCAGCUGCAGUCCAAGUCCUUCCGUGUCCUCGCCCACAUUACUGGAACUGAAUACAUGCAAGACCCUGAUGAGGAAGCUCUGAGAAGGUCAAGGGAAAGGUUUGAAUCUGAAGCCAAAGGCCCUCGUUUUGCUAAACUGAAAAACUGGCACCAUGGCCUUUCGGCACAAAUACUUAAUGUGCCUCAGUAAAGCACCCCAAGAUAGAGAGAGCUAGACAGGUGGCAUAGACAGACUGCAGUACUGCUGUAACAGGAAGGUCAAAGCAUGUGAGAGGAAAGCAGAAAGAAUGAAGAUAAAUGUCAGUUAUGCAGUUGUUCACUCUAUAGUAUAGAUUUUGGAAUUGUUCAUGAGAGUGUCACCACCAUUUAAAUUCUCUCCCGUAUUGGAUUGUGUGUUUACAUAUUGAUGGUUGUUGAGAACAUCACUGCAUCUGUGCAAGUCUUUCAAAUCCAUCAAAUAAAAGAAAUGUGAUGAACUAAUC